AAGUAAUAUCUUAUAAGUCAUCAGUAACUGCAUUUGUACAUUAAUUAAAAGAAAGUUUAACUGGCUAGUAUUACUGUUAGCAAAAAGCAAGAGCAGCAGUGUUUAAAUAUGUAAUUAACCAGUUGCAUACAUCACUAAUCCUGAUAAUCAAAUUAUAUAAUUAAUGUCCGCACUAAUCCGUUGGCAGCAACGGCAUUCAAGUUAACUUGAACUAAACUGAAAACUCAAACAAGUUGUGAAAAACAUGUUAACCAGAAUAAAAACAGACAAUAAUGUACGUACAAAAAGUGUACAAAGAGAAGCUGCAUCUAGCUGAAUACUGCAGGCUUUUAGUACUCUUAUUUUAGAAAGCGAUAACCAACACUUUCCCCCCCCCAUGUCUGUGUUAGCUUGCUCAACAAAACUGAAAAGGCCCGUCAGAUAUAAUUGACAUUAGUGCUGGGCGAUAUAUCGAUUUUUUAAAAAAUAUCGAUAUAUUUUUAUACAAGACAUAAGAUGUGACAAUAUCGUUUGUAUCGAUAUAGUCUAUGUUGCGUUAUAAUUACACUUGUGGAGCCGCUAUUUUGCCUCUCUCUCGUCUGGGUUUGUCUGCCCCGCCUCUCUCCCCUCACUGAACACAAACCCCCUCCCCCAUCGCUACACCUCCAGUUGGCGACAAGAUGGACACAGGAGCUAGCGAAGAGGAGCUCGUCGGAAAAAAGAAAACCAAUGGCUCAAUUAUUUGGAGAUGGUUCAGGUUCAAAGUGUCAGAUGAGCAGCAGAAUAAUGUAAUCUGUAAAGAAUGUCGAAAAAGCGUCGCAACGAAAGGUUCGAGCACUACUAAUCUUUUCCACCAUUUACAACUGCGCCAUAAAGUGCAGUAUGAAGAGUGUGUGAAACUGCGUGCUGUAGCCCAGACCGCAAAGUCUUCCGAGGUUCCUGCCGUGAAACAGACCACCUUACAACACUCAUAUACUCGUGCAGUGCCAUAUGAUACCAAAAGUGAGAAGUGGGGGGAAAUUACUAAAGCAGUGGCCUAUCAUAUUGCUAAAGACAUGGUCCCCAUCUCAACUGUGGAACAAGAGGGCUUUAUACAGCUGCUAAAAACUCUUGACCGAAGAUACCAGUUACCUAGCCGGAAAUACUUCACCAGAGAAGCACUGCCAAAAAUGUAUACUGAAGUUAGACAGAGUCCCGCUGCCCAGCUCACUAAAGUGUCUCACUUCGCACUGACCACCGACAUGUGGUCCAGCAGGACAUGCGAGCCAUACAUGAGUGUGACUAUACAUUUCAUGGAAGACUGGGAACUGAAAACUGCCUGUCUCCAGACCAGCUACUUUCCUCAAGACCACACCGGAGAGCAUAUAGCGGAAGCCCUGCAGGAUGUGCUCAAAACCUGGAAGCUCAACCCGACGGGACUGGUUGCUAUAACAACUGACAACGGGGCUAAUAUUGUCAAGGCGGUUCAACUGAACAAGUGGCCGAGGAUCCAGUGUUUUGGUCACAGACUUCAUCUGGCCACUGGACAUGCUAUGGAUGAUGCCCGCAUUACCCGGGCUAUUUCUCUGUGUAAGAAAGUCGUCAGCAGCUUCUCCUACAGCUGGAGGAAGAGAAGAGAGCUGGCUGAAGUGCAAAUACAGCUGGGUCUUCCAAGUCACCAGCUACUCACAGAGGCAACAACUCGCUGGGGAUCAAGGCUUGUCAUGAUAGAGAGGGUUCUGGAGCAGGAAAGAGCACUUUCUAAAGUCCUCUCUGUCGACAUGAAAACCAGACCUCUAGUCCCUACUUGGCAGGACAUAGAGGUCCUGGAGGCAGUUCAGAAAGCUCUCAAACCCUGUCAGGACUUCACUGAUGCACUUUCAGGAGAGAAGUAUGUGACCCUGUCGUAUGUCAGACCUGUGCUACACCUGUUUAACACUAGUCUCCUGGCACCUGGAGAGGAGGAUAGUGAGCUGUGUAAAUCCAUCAAGACCCGCAUUGUGGAUUACCUCAACAAUAAAUAUGCAGAUCCAUCCACCAGUGACCUGUUUGACAUGGCUUCUUUUGUGGAUCCACGGUUCAGGGCGAAAUACAUCCCAAGUGAGAAGAUUAAUGCACUAAAACAUAAACUCAUCUUGGAGGCAGAGUCUCUGCUCAGCUAUCAAGGUACGUGUUUGUCUGAGCUGACUGAUCCAGCCGUGCCUGAGUCUGCAGACCGUGAAGAAGCAGCAGUAGGACACACAGCUAAGAAAAAGAGAUCACUGGCAAGCUUCUUCCAGCACAGCCACCAACACUGGUUUCACAAAAAGGGAGGCAAUCGAAAAUGAAUUUUCUAGCUACCUGUUGUCAGUUUGUGUAGAGAGUGAUGCUGACCCUCUCAAAUGGUGGAAGGAACAUGAAGUUGCCUAUCCAGCACUGAGCCGCCUGGCCAAAAAAUACCUUUGUGUGCCAGCUACCAGCUCCCCUUCUGAAAGGACUUUUAGUUGCAGUGGAAACAUUGUAACCUGCCACAGGGCAUCCCUGAAGCCUGUUACUGUUGACAGAUUAGUUUUCCUAGCACAAAAUCUGUAAGCUGUACAGUUGUUGGCCUUGCCAAUUGUUUGUGUUCUUUCUAUAUUGUUAUUGUCAUUGGAGAUUUGCACAAAGACCCACUGACCAAAGAAUGGAAUCUUGUUAAUUUCAUUCAGUUUACAUGUUUUGUUCUUUUGCACAAAGUACCAGAUGAUUGUUCAAGAAUACACACAAAGAAGCACUUUAGAAAACUUUACUUCAGUGUAAGCACUUUUUAAAGAGCAAGUUGCCUUUGUUAUUUUAGAUCUGCAUCUUUUUAGUUUACAUUUUACAUUUAGUUUACAAUUUUUAGCUUUUUGUUAUGUAUGAAAAGAAAAAAUAUGGAGCAUUAUUAUUUAAUAAAUGCUGACAAUUUAUUUUUGACAAUUCUUUCAUGUACAUCUACAGUUGUAUCUUAAUAAAAGUCACAUGUGCGACAUCUGGGACAAGUACCUUUGACCAAGAACACUCUUUUUGUUCUUACUUUAUGGGAUUAAAAAAAAUAUCGAGAUAUAUAUCUUAUAUCGCCAUCCAGCUAAAAAAUAUCGAGAUAUGAAUUUUGGUCCAUAUCGCCCAGCUCUAAUUGACAUGGUAUCACAAUGGAGGUUUACCUUUUCAUUAACUUAUUUUGAUAUCAGGUGAUAUCAGGUUUUCGUUCUGGUCGUGGAACACAGGAUCAGCUCUUCAUCCUCUCAAGGAUACUUGAGGGUGCAUGGGAGUUUGCUCAACCAGUCUACAUGUGUUUUGUGGACUUGGAGAAGGCAUUCAACCAUGUCCGUCGGGGUGUCCUGUGGGGGGUGCUCCGGGAGUAAGGGGGUGUCUGGCCUAUUGCUAUGGGCCAUUCAGUCCUUAUACAACCGUUGCAAGAGCUUGGUCUGCAUAGCCGGCAAUAAGUCGGGCUCAUUUCUGGUGGGUUACGGGCUCCGCCAGGGCUGCCCUUUGUCACCGAUUAUGUUUAUAAUUUUUAUGGACAGAAUUUCUGGGCGUAGCCAAGUGGCGGAAGGCUUUCACUUGGGUGGUCUCAGAAUCUCAUCUCUGCUUUUUGCAUAUGAUGUGGUUCUGUUGGCUUCAUCAGGUGAUGGCCCCCAGCUCGCCUUGGAACGGUUCACAGCAGAGUGUGAAGCGGUGGGAAUGAGAAUCAGCACCUCCAAAUCUAAGGCCAUGGUCCUCAGCCGGAAAAGGGUGGAGUGCCCACUCUGGGUCAGGGACGAGUUCCUGCCCCAAGUGGA